AUGGGAAACCUUCCUCCCCAGACAGAGGGCCCUGAAAAGCAGCCACAAAACGCCACGCAAAGGAAGACAUUCGAUACCUUGCUCAAACACUUCACUGUCAAGUUAGAGGACGUCAAGCAGCAAAGAUGGUGGACGCUGGUCACCCCUGCGUUUAGCCACAUCCAGACCUAUCACAUCGUGGGCAACUUGUUCGCCUUCUCCACAUUUUCGAGGAUGCUACUCUGGUAUGGAAUUGCUCCUCUGCGUUAUGGAGAACUAAUUCUGGUCUCCGCCGUCGCGGGUAAUGCGGCAUUCUUGUACCAGGCUUCUCAGAGACAGCGCCAAAAGAACCGAAACCGCUCGCUGCAAUCAAGAGCGCUUGGCCUGUCGGCGGUAGUCAUGGGUCUGGGUGCUACGGUGUCGUUGGCCACUCCCAAAGCCAAGGUUCUUCUUUUCGGCGCCGUUCCAAUCCCAGUCUGGCUGCUGAUGGUGCUGUACGCCGCUUACGACUCUGCAAGACUAGAGGACCAAACCUCGACUGUCGGGCACGCGGCACAUCUCGGUGGAGCUGCUUCCGGGGCCAUCUUCUAUCUGGUCGCGCUGCGGAGCAAAGCAGCGCUUCCGUUUGCCUGGAUGUUCAGAUCAUAA